UCUCCAUGGCGACCGGACGCGGCCGGCUCUCGCAGCUGCACUGGAGCGGCCUCCAGGCGUCGGGUCUGCGGCUCGGCGCCGUGGGCUGGGCCCCCGGACGCGCCAGGUUCGGGAAGGGGCCAGGUGUCACACAUGCUGCAGGCAGUACUACUAUGAGGCCAUAUGCCAGACGGAAAAACCACUGUGAGAAACGCUCCGCUACCUGUUCUGUGUCUCUGGAUUGUAUGCCUUCAGAAAUCCUGCUGAAGAUCUUUUCCUACUUGGAUGCUGUGACCCUGCUGUGUGCUGGGUGUGUGAGCAGACGCUUUUAUCAUCUGGCCAGUGACAAUUUUAUUUGGAUCAGACUCUACUCAACUGCCUUUUCACCUAAAAGAUCUAACUGGAAAGUUAAUUCAGUAGAGAAGACAGCCAUGUCUAUGAACUUACUGUCAGUUGAGGAUAAAGAAGCUGGAUAUUGGAAGAAAGAAUAUAUUACAAAACAAAUAGCAUCUGUAAAAGCAGCACUAACUCAGGUUCUCAAACCUGUCAACCCUUACACAGGCUUUCCGGUUAAAACCAAAAUGAUCCUCAGAAAAUCUGAUUUAGGUUGGGUAAUUAUAUUGAAAGAAAAAAGUGGAAAAGAAUACGUCAUGGAGCAUGUUGAUUUUUCCAUAAACGAUUCAUCAGUUACGAUUGUGUGGUAUGGCAAAAAUUGGCCACUUCUAGCCACAUUGUCAACCUUAGAUUUGUGUGGUGUGACACCAGUUUUUAUGGCCUGGUCUAAAACUCCCACCAAAAAUGGACCUCGAUGGCAUUCUUUAAUUGCAAACUACGACCUGAGUAAUUUAACUGAAUCCACCAUGGUUGGCUGUGACAGACUUGUUCGGAUCUUCUGCCUAAACCCGGGCCUCCUGGUGGGGCUGUGGAAGAGGGAGGAAGAACUGGCUUUUGUUAUGGCAAAUCUUCAUAUCCAUCACCUUGUGGAGAGGAGCACAUUAGGCUCAGCCACUAUCCCCUACGAGCUGCCUCCUCAUAGCCCCAUUUUGGAUGACAGCCCAGAGUAUGGACUGUAUGGCUACCAACUCCAUGUUGAUAUGCACAGCAGUGGAAUUUCCUACCUGUGUGGUACAUUUCACGAUCUCUUUACCAAGAAAGGAUACAUUGAAAAUGGAUAUGUGAAGCUCACUGCUAUAAAUUUUAAAAAUAACGCGAAACACCUGCCUCUUAUUGGGAAAGUUGGCUUCUAUUGGAGAACCGAUGUUUUAGAUGGCUUUAUAAAGACUUGUUCUAUAAUGGACAUAACUCUUUUGGAUGAAUAUAGGAAACCCUUUUGGUGUUUCAGUUCCCCGGUUUGUGUGAGAUCUUCUCCAAGGCCCUCUGACGGCCCUGAUUUCUUGGGACAGACAUACUAUGUUGACUACGUGGACUCGGAAGGAAAAGUGCACGUGGAGCUGCUGUGGAUUGAGGAGACGGAAGAGUACUUCAUUGUCAGCCUGGUCCUUUACCUUAGUGUGGCAAAGAUAAACCAUUGGUUUGGGACAGAAUACUAAGUAUUAGCAGUAGCUGGCAAAUUAUUGUUGCUAUUUCUUUAUUUUGGACUAACCAGAUUUGUUCUUGGUGUUGGAAAUGAAAAUAAAGCAGUAGUGUGUUUGUCUUCUUAUUUCACAUUAGAAAUUGGGAUUCCUGGGUCAUUUUAAAGUUAAUGUUCAGAGGAUUAAGUUAAAUUUUAAAAACAUGAAAAUAGCA